AUGGUGAACUUUUAUCGCCGGUUUCUCCCGAAAUGUGCCGAUACCAUCCUCACUCUGACCAGUCUCCUCUCAGGUUUCAAGCUCACCUUUGAACUUACACCAGCAGCACUCACGUCAUUUGAGCAGGUAAAAGCCCUUCUAGCUGAUGCCACCCUCCUGACUCACUUUCAUGCUGAUGCACCCAUAUCUCUGAUGGUCGAUACCUCCAAUGUUGCUGUUGGCGCGGUUCUUCAACAAAGUCUGCCGGAUUCUACCGUGCCUUUGGCUUUCUUCUCCAAUAAACUAUCCAAAGCCGAAACCCGCUACAGCACAUUUGGACGUGAACUUCUCGCCGCUUAUCUUGCCGUAAGGCACUUCCGGCAUUUACUCGAAGGUCGAGAGUUCACAAUUUUCACUGAUCAUAAGCCACUCACGUUUGCAAUGCAUUCCCACUCUGACAAGCUAAGCCCCCGGGAGAUCCGUCACCUGGACUACAUUUCGCAGUUCAGACAUCCGCCAUAUUGACGGGUCACGGAAUGAGGUGGCUGACGCACUCUCCAGGCCCUCUAUUGCUCAUCUUCAGCUUUCAGCCGAGAUAGACCUCGCUGAGAUGGCCGCUGAACAACGCCGUGUCGGUCCACCCUGUGACGAGGAUGUUUCCGGACUCCAUCUUCAGGAGCUACCACUGACAACUGGCAACGGCACUAUUCUAUGCGACGUAUCCACCCCAUUCCAUCGUCCAUUUGUGCCACCAUCCCUCCGCCGUAAAGUUUUCUCCUCCCUGCACAAUCUCUCUCACCCUGGGAGUCGAGCAACCGACAAGCUGGUUUCCGACCGCUUCGUCUGGCCUGGGAUGCACAAAGACCUGAAAGCAUGGACACGGGCUUGUAUCGCCUGUCAACGGAGUAAGAUCCAGCGGCACAACAAGGCCCCCAUUGGCAUCUUCCCUGACCCUGGUUCAAGGUUCAGCCACUUUCACCUGGAUAUUGUAGGUCCCCUGCCUCUGUCCAGUGGUUGUUCCUAUCUCCUCACCUGUGUGGAUCGGUUCACUCGGUGGCCUGAAGCUAUUCCUCUGCCUGACAUUGCUGCUCCAACGGCGGUCAAGGCUUUUCUCAGUCGUUGGGUUACUAUCUUUGGUGCACCCUCCACAAUCACGACUGACCGUGGUGCCCAGUUUGAGUCUAAUCUCUUCCAGUCUUUACUCUUCUUUUUAGGCUGUACUCGCAUCCGGACGACAGCCUAUCACCCGGCUGCUAACGGGAUGGUCGAGCGGUUUCACCGCCAGCUGAAGGCCUCUCUACGCGCCGCGACCGAUCCGGAGAACUGGACGGACCACCUUCCCCUGGUCCUCUUGGGCAUCCGCUCCGCUCUGAAGCCGGACAUUGAUUGUUCCACAGCUGAACUGGUGUUCGGCUCCACCGUCCGACUCCCCGGUGAGAUGAUCUCGCCAACCCCGCAAGGUGCAGUUGCGGAUCCUACCAACCUCCUGCAUCGCCUCCGGCAGUUUAUGCGGACACUUUCUCCGGUUCCUCCCAGGUCCUCCGCCUCUCCGUCUUAUCUCGAGAAGGAUUUGGCAACGUGCUCUCACGUCUACCUUCGAUGUGAUCGAGUCCGCCGGCCUCUGGAACCGCCCUAUGACGGCCCAUUUCGGGUGCUCUCUCGUGGGACGAAGACUUUCCGCAUUCAGCGCGACAAUCGUGAAGAUGUCGUGAGUGUGGACCGCCUCAAGGCUGCCGUCCCUGACACUCCUCCGGAUGAGCCCUGUGUUCCUCAACCUUCUGCUUCCCCCCAUGCAGCCUCUAUUCCAACGUCCUGUAUACUUCCUCUGUCCCCAUGUCCGCAACCCACAACUGCAACUGCUCCUUCAUCAACCAACAAUACUGUAACCGCGAGCCAUACUCACUCUACUGCUGUGCCCCCUGUAUAUAUCACCCGUAGUGGACCCCAUGUUCACUUUCCUGACCGUUUGGUUACUCAUGUUUUUUAG